AAAGUGUCACUGCUCAUCCGCAUUUCUGAGCGAGAACAGUCCUCUUUAUUGAAUUGGGAGAAAAACAGGAGAAAUGAACAUAGAAUGGUUCAUUCUCCUGCUAACCACCGUUGCAACGUGCGAAGGAGCCCUUUCUACUUUACUCCAACGGAUCUGUUACAAUGAAAGACCUGCUUUGGAUGCACCAGUGUAUUCACCUGGAACUGAGAAUUUGAGCUAUGAAAAAUGUGGACUAUGGGAUGGUAAUGGUGACAUGCCAUGGACUGUUAUCAUUACAAUUGAAGGCCAGGAUUGGAACACAUCCGCCGGAUGGAUUCCAGAUGAUUUGAAGAGCUUUCAAGAAUUUUAUGGUUUUUUAAUAACCGAGGAAACCGUAUUAGUUUUUCGCAAUCCAAUGGACAUUGAGAUAAUUGAAAACUACCGUUUGUAUGCUGGCCCUUGCGAUUCUGGGUCAAAUGAAGGGAACUGCAAGUUUGGAAGAGGAUUACUAAACCAAAAAGUGCAGUCAAGAAACGUUGUAGGCGAUGCACUAGAAGUGUGGAAAAUCGAAAAUGUUACAAUAACGCAGUAUUUGAAGCCAAUCUGCUUGUGGAACAGCAAUAAUCUGCAAGAUUCCUCUUACGAUUCUUUCGUCUUCACUCAAGCAGACAGGAAAUUGAAAACUGCAACACUUUUGCCACGUGCACCCCUUGCCAGAUGCUCCAUGGAUUGGAAAAGAGGACGCAUUCGCAAUAGAUAUACGGUUUACCGGAUUUUACCGAAGUUAGAUAAUAUGCAGUCUACUGAUUAUAAAGAUUCAGAGUUUGGAGCGAAGGAAAGCUACGAAGGUUGCGGAAAGGUUGAUUGGGAGAGAAGGGGAGGCCGCCAGAGACGGGAUGGCUUGCCAAUCCCUUACGUGCACCACGGCACAAAUGCCCCAAUUGAGGAAAAUCCGUGGCACGUGAGCCUGACGAUAAACAUGCCAACUACUGAUACUCUCUACGACGCCUGCGGUGGCACACUGGUGUCUAAAAGAGUAAUAGUGACUGCUGCUCACUGCAUGUAUGGUCCUACUGGUACACGAUAUGAACCGGAAUGGCUGGAGAUUACCCUGGGGAUGUAUGAUGUACGGGACAAUACUGAAAACGGGCGGCAGAUAGUGCAGGCAGCUUCAGUUGUAAUUCAUCCCGGAUAUAACAAUGACAGAAAAGAUUGGCAACACGACUUGGCUUUGAUAAUCCUGGAUGAAAAAGGCAAUAAUAGUAUACAGCUCUCUGAUCGAGUGAAGCCAGUCUGCUUGUGGAAUAGUGAUUAUGACUUUGACAAAAUUGUCGGAAAAGAUGGAAAAGUCACUGGAUUUGGUCUCACAAAAGACUAUUUGCAAGCAACAAUCCUUCAGAAAGCGUUUUUACGGAUUGUUUCACACAACGAGUGCUUCUUUUCGAAUAAAAGGUUCUUCUCGAAGCAUCUCAGGCCAACACAAAACUUUUGCGCUGGAUAUCCUCUUACUGGUACAAAUGUUUGUGUUGGGGACAGCGGCGGCGGACUGCUCAUUGGGGACGCCACCUCGAUCAGCGACAAGCGAUUCUACUUGCGAGGCGUCGUUAGUUUCGGUCCGAGCCGAACUAUGGAGAUAAAUAAUGAUACGAAACAUGUUUGUAAUACAAAUCAAUUCUCCUUGUUUGUUGACAUCACUAGUUACAUCGAAUGGAUUGUGCAAAACAGUCCCGACAUUUCACUGCGUCAUGGAAUCGGUCUCAAUGGAAUGAAAAAAAUUGUUGCUCUGAUGGCACCGAUUCCAAAAUUAGCGACAAAGAUAGAAUUUGGAGCGGAAGAAAGCUACGAAGGUUGCGGAAAGGUUACUUGGACAAGAAGGAGAGGCCGCCGGAGACGGGAUGACUUACCAAUUUCCUUAAUGCACCACGGCACAAACGCCCCAAUCGAGGAGAAUCCCUGGCACGUGAGCCUGACGAUCAACUUUCCAACAACUGAUCCCCUCUUCGACAUCUGCGGUGGCACAUUGGUGUCUAAGAGAGUAAUAGUGACUGCUGCUCACUGCAUGUUUAGUCCAACAACUGGUACACGAUAUGAAAUGGAAUGGCUGGAGAUCACCCUGGGGAUGUAUGAUGUAGGAGACAAUACUGAGAACGGGCGUCAGAUAGUCCAGGCUGCUUCAGUUGUAAUUCAUCCCAAAUACAACAACGACCGAAAAGAUUUUCAACACGACUUGGCUUUGAUAAUCCUGGAUGAGCACGGCAAUAAUAGUAUACACCUAUCUGAUCGAGUGAGGCCAGCCUGCUUGUGGAACAGUGAUUAUGACAUUGAGAAAAUUGCCGGGCAAGAUGGAAAAGUCGUUGGAUUUGGUCUCACAGCAAACUAUUCGCAAGCAACAAUCCUUCAGAAAGCGUUUAUACGGAUUGAGUCGCACAACGAGUGCUUCUUUUCGAAUAAAAGGUUCUUCUCGAAGCAUCUCAGGCCAACACAAAACUUUUGCGCCGGAUUUCCUCAUAAUGGGACAAAUGUUUGCGUUGGGGACAGUGGCGGCGGAUUGAUCAUUGCGAACGGCACCUUGGUCAGGAACAAGCGAUUCUACUUGCGAGGCGUCGUUAGUUUCGGUUCGAGCCGAAUUAAAAAGAUAGAUAAUGUUGAUCAACGUGUUUGUGACACAAAUCAAUUCUCCUUGUUUGUUGACAUCACUAGAUACAUUGAAUGGAUCGUGCAAAACAGUCCUGACAUUUCACUGCGUCGUUGAUUUGUAUCACCAAGUUCAAGCGUGUAAUCAAAUAUAGUAAAGGGAGUUAGAAAAAAAGCUUAUUAACUGCAUUCCCUCAUUUUUUUAUCAAUUUUAAUCU